AUGUUCUUACCUCAGGUAAUUAAAUCGGCACGUGUAAUGAAGAAGGCAGUGGCUCACUUGAUACCUUUUAUGGAUAAGGAACGGGAGGAGAACCUCAGGAAAAAUAAUAUUUGUGACGAUGACCCGAAUAGCGCAUAUCAAGGGACAAUGGUGAUCGCAACGGUGAAGGGGGAUGUGCACGAUAUCGGUAAGAAUAUCGUAUCGGUGGUGCUGGGAUGCAAUAAUUUCAGAGUGAUAGACCUCGGGGUGAUGACUCCGUGCGAGAAGAUUAUUCAGACAGCGAUCGAGAAUAGGGCU